CUCCCUGACUCACUCCUUCCUGGGCCAUCACGGCGGACGGACUUCUACCUCCUUCUGUGCCUACGAGUUACCUAUCCCCCACAGGAGCUAUUUCUUGCCCCUGGGACGCCGUACGGGGACUAAAUCAACCCUGGGAGACCUGCCGUGGCAUGGGGGGCGCUGGGGGGGCCAAGGUGAGGUCAACGGCGGACGAGGGCAUAGAGGAGUUUGAGGUCCUGGACGUGCGAGGGACAGCUGCCAACACCAUGUCCUGGCUCCAGCGAUUCAUGCAAGACCUGGCAAGGGAACCCGUGGCCAAGCAGGUGGCUGUGGGGGGCGCCUCGGGAUGGGUGGUGGGCUACCUGUCCAUGAAGGUGGGCAAGGUGGCGGCGACGGUGGUGGGCGGCAGUCUGUUGGUCAUGCAGUUGGCGGCACACAAGGGGUAUAUUAAGGUGGACUGGAACCGGGUGAACCGUGACCUGGAGGAGAAAGCGAAGAAGCUCAAACGCGAGGUGGAAUCGAGCGUCAACCCCAGCAGGGUGUCCGAGGAGGCCCCACUACAAGACGCCGCGCGCCGACUGGACCGCACGCUGGAGAAGGCGGCGGACAGGCUGGAGCGGCGGCUGGGGCGGGCGGAGGACCAGGUGGACGGGUGGCUGGGGCGGAAGAUGGCCUCCGCCCGCCGCCUGUACCGCCGCCACGUGCUGGGGGACACGAGCCGCCUCAGUGUGGACGAGAUGUACGCACUCAACAUGUACAUCGUGGCCUUCACCGCCGGCACCAUGCUGGGCGUCGGCACCGCCAAGAUGAUCUAGGCCCAGGCAGCGCAAUGCUUCCUUUGUUCUUGUAGUGAUAGGUGAGGCAAGGCUGGGAGAGAUAUUAAGGAUAGCAUUACUCUGUACAGCCUCAGCCCUGUCCACACUACCUGGCAGUGCCCGAUGGGCAAACACUGUUGCCAAAUGCUGUUCCAAUACACACGUUUCGAUGGUGGGCAGCAGACAAGAGUGAGGAUGAUGUCAUGAGCGUGGGAACCACAGGCAAACCAUCCAAGUGCCCUUGACAGCCUGGCCACACCAUCAAGGAGUGCCUGGCAGACUUUGCCCAUUGAGUGUACAGUCUGCUGGGCACUGCCCAAUAUUGUGGAGCCUGCCGGAAACUGCUCCAUCUGGUAUCACUACUCACCCAGCAUUGCCCGCCGAGAACUGCUCCUUGGUGUGGGCGGGGCCUUAGGGAACACUGGGGCUCGAUUCUUCCUUCCUUCUGAUGAGGCAAAUGACAUUUUUUGUAUAUUAGCAUUUUCUUAUUAUUAUUUUUUCUUUUCUUUUCCUCACCAUAGUAAAAAGAUAGUGAGGGCAUGUUUUCUCUCUCUUGAAGAUGGUGUUAUGGUGUUAAGCCUGCCGCCGCCGCCGCCGCCGCCGCCUCAGGUUUUCAGUACAUUUCAUAACACUGUCUGCUCCCGCACUGUACCUUAAUUCAUCAUUUUUCAUUCACUGUGAUUAUCGUGCGAGUGUGCCUGUCCGCGCCGCACACACUCACAGAUCUGCCGUAAUUGUUUGAGGUGAACGCCAGUUGAUUGUGUUCAUUAGAUUCUGUUAGUUGUUCACCUUGAUUGAGUUUGUGUUGCUGGCUUGACCGCUCCUUAGGCUCUGUGUCUCUGGAAUUGCUUGACAAGGAAAAAGUAUAUCUCUGCAGGCAAGGCCAUUUUUGCCCAGAUAAAACAAUACUAUAUGUAGUUGACCCACAGUUAGCUAUUCCAGGGAUGACAGCAAACCAUAGAUACAUACAUACUCAGUGAUUUUCUUGUCUCCUUGCAGUAGGAAUAUAUAACUAGGUUUGUGUUUCUAGUUUUCCGUGCUGGUUUGUCUUGUAAUUCAACCCACACACACACACACUUAACCCCUUCAAUCCGGCGAUGCUGACGUCGGCGUCCGAUGGGCAUCCGACAUCAUCACCAGUAGUCCUCUUCUGAACCUCUUAAUCUUCUUCCAUUUCCUCUUAAUUCUCUUUUAAACUCAUUAAGAGGAAUUCAGAGGAGGAUUGAAAGGUUUAGAAGGACUAAUCCUCUUCCAUUUCCUCUCGACCCUUUCCAUACUGUGACGCCAACCUCUGCGUCACGUAUGGAAAGGGUUAACAAGACAAAAGUAAACGGUAUAUAUUUUUUCCAUAGUGAUUUUCUUGUCCUUGUGUGUUCGCCCCUCGAUCUCUAGACGCCUCAUAUGAUACUGUAGAGGUAGCAGUCUUAGUAUGCUUUGUUUUCAACGCAUAUUCUUGUGUAUUUCAGCUCAUAGUAAUCAUGGAGAGUUAAAACAAUACAUAACGAUCUUUUCAUACACUUUCUUCUCCCUCCGCGGGAUUUGAGUAUAAUAUCGGAAAUUCUGAGGACAUUUCCGCAUCAAGCUCAAGUUCUAAUGCCUGAAAUUCUGAAGACAUUUCCGCAUCAAGCUCAAGUUCUAAUGCUGGAAAUUCUUAAGAGAUAUUUCUGCAGCUUACUGUCCACCUUAACAUAGAUAUUUUUUUGCAUAUCAUUUUCUUUUUAUUAUUAUCUUUUUUUUUUCUUUUCCUCACCAUAGUAAAAAGGAAGUGAGGUAAUUUUUUUUUUUUUAACAUAUCAUUUUCUUAUUUUUUUUUCCUCACCAUAGUAAAAAGAUAGUGAGGUCAUUUUCCCCAUUUUUUUUAACAUAUCAUUUUCUUAUUUUUUUUUCCUCACCAUAGUAAAAAGAUAGUGAGGUCAUUUUCAGUGAGGUCAUUUUCCCCAUUUUUUUUUACAUUAUCAUUUUCUCAUCUUCACGUAACUCCAACAUUAUAUUUCUAUGCGCACGACCCACUCUACCGAUCUGUUAUGUAUAUUUGUGUAUGUAUAUUUGCCUUGUGUGUGUGUAUAUACCUAGGUCAGUAUUAAAAUGAGUUAACAAAACUGUAAAUCAUUCUUGCAUGCACAUUUAAUUACACUGGAUUUGAAUAAGUUAUGCAUAAAUGAUUCUAUUCUGUUGUGUAAGAAAGACCUAUGUUUGUGAGAGGAGAUAGAAGGGAUAGAAUUAGACUUUUAAAUCACUAUAGAAUUAUUAGAGAGAUAGGGAAGGGAGGAAUGUCUUUGUAGGGAAGGGAGGAAGGGAGAGAGAGAAUAGGGAGGGAAGAAGGAAUGGUUUUAUAGGGAAGGGAGGAAGGGAGAGAGAGAAUAGGGAGGGAAGAAGGAAUGGUUUUGUAGGGAAGGGAGGAAGGGAGAGAGAGAAUAGGGAGGGAAGAAGGAAUGGUUUUGUAGGGAAGGGAGGAAGGGAGAGAGAGAAUAGGGAGGGAAGGCAGGAAUGUCUUUGGAGGGAAGGGAGGAAGGGAGAGAGAGAAUAGGGAGGGAAGAAGGAAUGGUUUUGAAGGAAAGAAGAAACAUUCAAUAUCUCUCAUUUCUGAAGCCAAAAGUCUAUGAUUCUACGCCCAAACAAAAAGAGUAAUUUAAAACAAAAAUUCAUGGUGCCUUUCUAAAAUUUACGCCCUUAAGAAAACUCCAAAAUCAUCACUUAUCACCACACACCCUCGCCGCGACAGACUAUCCCAUGUAGGGCGGUCCACUCACUUAAUACUCGGCCCGUAAGACAGAGUGAAGGCUCAUAACACAACAGCUCCUACCAAAGCCUUGUCAAACUAUCACUAGGCUCACAACACUACCCAUGGAAAUACUAACACAACACAGCCUCUACCAAAGCCUUGUCAAACUAUCACUAGGCUCACAACACUACCCAUGGAAAUACUAACACAAAACAGCCCCUACCAAAGCCUUGUCAAACUAUCACUAGGCUCACAACACUACCCAUGGAAAUACUAACACAAAACAGCCCCUACCAAAGCCUUGUCAAACUAUCACUAGGCUCACAACACUACCCAUGGAAAUACUAACAACACCAGCCUCUACCAAAGCCUUGUCAAACUAUUAGGGCAUAAAAAUUUCCGUAAGAGAGAGUGGAGGUGUGUCCUUACCUAGUGGAUAAUGUACUAGUCUGUGAUUGUUUUAUAUACAGUAAAGAUACGCAUGACUCGA